UUACGGUCUGCUGUCAAUCAGCUGUCCAAUUUCAUUUGUCUGUGUUUUCUUGCUUCACUUCUGCUGUUUCUGUUUGCUCAUACUCGUUGUUCACCUGUUUUAAGUUCACUUUUUGACGUUAGUUUAUAUUAUUUUUUGUAAUACUUUAUUAUUAACAAAGCGUUAACUUUUAGAAAUUGCUGUAAACAGUGUAAUUCAUUUGGCCUCCAAAUUGCAGCUAUCUUUUUUAGAACUACACUGUGUUAAAGUCCGGCUUUGUAAACUGUAAUGUAUGCAUAGCUGAUAGUUACAGUCUGAGUUUUGAUUGAUGGCUGAACUACCUGUGAAAUCAUCAAAUACUAGUGAUGGCACUUCUACGAUUGUGGUCACUGCAGAGGAAGCAGAGGCUCCAAACCAGCACUCUGAUGAACGGUUUAGUGGACGGAUUUUGCAGUAGUAGGCCUAUCUCUUCCACAAGUGGCUCACAAAGUGCUUUGGAUGGCAUCAAAGUUCUUGAUCUCACCCGCAUUGUAGCCGGCCCGUUUUGCACUAUGGUUCUGGGGGAUCUGGGUGCUGAGAUAAUCAAAAUCGAGCAACCGGGCACCGGCGAUGAGUCCCGGAUCUGGGGUCCGCCAUUUUGUGAGGGAUCGUCGAUGAGCUGUUACUUUGCGUCGGUGAAUCGCAAUAAAAAAAGUGUGUGUGUCGAUUUUAAAACUUCCCAAGGGUUGGAUGUGAUCAAGGAUUUGGUUCUACAGUGCGACGUUUUGGUGGAGAAUUUCGUGCCCGGAAAAUUGGGGAAGUUUGGAUUAGAUUACGAUAGUAUUCACAGUUUUGCCCCGCAUUUGAUAUACUGUUCGAUAACCGGGUUCGGAACGGAAGGUCCGUACAAACAGAAACCCGGUUACGACGUGAUCGCCUCGUCGUACGGCGGUCUGCUGCAUAUCACCGGGCCUCAAGAUGGCGGACCUUGUAAGCCGGGCGUGGCAUUGACUGAUAUUGCUACGGGGUUGUAUGCGCAUGGAGCCAUCAUGGCUGCUCUCUUGCAGAGAAACAAAGACGGCAAGGGACAGAGGAUCGAUUGUGAUCUGUUGUCAACUCAAAUUUCGUGUCUGAUUAAUGUGGCAUCAAACUACCUGAAUGCAGGAUUAGAGGGAGGUCGUUACGGUACCGCGCAUCCCAGUAUAGUCCCCUACGAGUCGUUCCCUACUGCGAAUGGUUAUUUGACAGUUGGGGCGGGCAGCAAUCAACAGUUUUGCAGUUUGUGCAAGGUGCUGCAUAUGGAGCAUUUGUUGCAAGAUGAGAGGUACAGUAGCAACAGUGCCAGAGUGGAGAAUCGGUGUUCGUUGAUUGAGGAGUUGAGCAGGACUUUUGCCACGAAAACCACAGAGGAGUGGAUGGCUGUGCUGGAGGGAAGCCCUUUUCCGUUUGGACCAGUCAACACCGUAUCUCAGGUGUUCAAUGAUGCACACGUUAAGGAGAUCAAGCUAGUGAAGAGUAUGACUUUAGAAGGGGGGGGCAGUGAGGUGCGGGUCGUGGGCCCCCCUGUCAGGUUCAGCGGAAGUCAGAAUAGUGUCAGACUCCCCCCACCCCUGCUCGGUCAACACACCCGUCACGUGUUGAAGGAUUUGCUCGACUAUUCCGACGAUAAAAUAUUGCAGUUGAUUGAGAGUGGUGUUGUUCAGUGAUCAAACAUUGAUGGAAAAGUUAGGAGUUGAAAUAAACAAUCAGAUCUUAUGAAGAACUAAAGCUACAGUCAGUAGAUGGGAUCUGUGAAUUUUAUACAUAUAGUGCACUAGUAGAAGAUGUAAUAAAGAUUUAGAUUUUAUGAAGAACACAAGUUAAUUGACCGAGCGAAGUGAGGUAUAAGAUUCAAGUCGACGGUUUGGCAUUUCUCUUAAUGUUUGAAUGUUUAUAUGUUGCGCAUUUACGGCGAAACGCGGUAAUAGAUUUUCAUGAAAUUUGACAGGUAUGUUCCUUUUUUAAUUGCGCGUCGACCUAUAUACAAUGUUUUUGGAAAUUUUGCAUUUUAAGAAUAAUAUAAAAGGAAAAAGGAGCCUCCUCCAUACGCCAAUAUUAGAGUAAACAUCAGACUAUAGAAUUAUUCAUCAUGAAUCAAUCAGCUGACAAGUGAUUACACAGAUGUGUGGAGAAGCCAGUCUAUUGCUCUAUUUCCAUAAGGUCUAUAGUUUCAAUCAGGAAGGAACGGUACGUUUAAAGCUGAGAAAACCUAAAACUGAUAAGCAAGUACAAUGGAUAACUGGCACAGUUGACAAUGAACACAUGAAUAAGAAAAAAUCAAAAUGCUGUUGCAUCUAUAAAAAGCCACGCAAAUUCGACGAGAGCUCCUCAUCGUCAGAUGACGACGAAGACUGUGAGCACUGUCACGGCCAGAAAGACGGCCAUUGUUUGCGACCGCCCCCGCCAGAUGGUGCUCCCGACGCCUCCGAGCCGCCCCUCGAAGCCGACACUUCAGCCGGAUGACAAAUUGGACAACAAUACAUUCUUGGAGACACGUGACUUUUAAAAUUCGUGAACACCUGUUUCAUAGUUGACACAUACUCUCGAUCACUGUUGUUAAUCACAUAGGUUGCACAAAAGCGGGUUAAACUUCAAUCGUGAUUAAUUUCACGAGAACCAAUCAGAGAAGGCUUUCUUCAUAAGAAAGGUCCUCUGGCUAAAGAGGCUAAAGAAAAAAGCUUCUCUGAUUGGUUAAAUUUCAAUUGUGAAUAAUUCCAUGAAAACCAAUCAGAGGCUUUUUUCAAAGAACAUUAUUCUUAUGUAGAUGGUUCUCUGAUUGGUUCUCGUGAAAUGUUAAUGACGAUUAAAAUUUAACCGGCUUUUGUGCAACCAGCACUCAGUAUUGUUUGACCAUUGUUGCUUUAAAAGUGUAAAUCUUUAAUGAAAUGUAAUAAAUAAUUUUAAUGUGAUUUUUCCAAUUUUUGUACGAAAUGAAGACCUGUUUCCUAACUGACGUUAAUCACUGAGGUAAUGUUUGUUCAUUGUUGCUUUGUCAGUGUCUACUAUAACUUUUUUUAAUAAAAUUGAAUAAAAACU